CAUGUUGCAAGCGCGUGGAGAUGGAUUCCACUCCUAUUUCGUAUGUCCGAUUUCCGCUCGCGCUCGCGUUUGAGAUUGCCGAUGCGUUGGUUUGCGGAUCGGGGGCCGAUUAUGGAGAUGGUGACGAUGCAUGGUUCUUGUGGAGUUGAAAAAUGGGAUCCUUGAUGCUUGAAGAUUUGUGAUCACGAUAAGUUGCUGUUACACCGACUUUGUCGUCAUUUCAAAUCCAUAAAAGACGUUGGCCUGGCCACCAUCGAAGAUAUCUUCCCGAUUUCUAUCUUGAUCUAUCACUCUAGUUUACAUCAUCUCAUUUUCGUCUUGGCUACAUCCUAACUCAUAACCAUCAAUAUGUCACAAGAACCCAGAGUCCCAGACGUCUAUGGGCCGGGUACUCAUACCGACCGCACAUUCGUCCCCGUCCCCCAAGACACACAACGCAUCUUCCGUCUCAUCGCCUCUCAAACACCUGGCUUCACCCAAGAUGAAUCCAUCCUCUCAAAAGUCACAUUCACCGGCGAUGAGUUCCCAGUCAUCUCCGGCCCCAUCAAAGCUGUCUCCGUAGCAGCUGCUCUUCACGCCAUGGCCGGUGUAGUAGCCGAUGAGAUCCUCACUCUUAGAGGUGUUGAGGAUAGCGACCGAAAAGUCACUGUCAACACUACACAUGCUGGACUUUGGUUUGGCAACAUCGCUACUGCAUACAUUGAUGGCAAGGACGUCUUUGCGUUGACCAAGUCUGGAGAGUUGAAGAAGCUGUUGCCAGAUUGGGAACGAGGAUGGGUUGAUACACCUCUCAAGUAUCGCACCACAGGGCUUUAUCCUACCUCUGAUCCUGACAUUUGGUACUCUCUCCACGGCUCCAUGAACGCAGAGCCAGUCCUCAAGUCUAUCGGCGUGGACCCAUCUGAUGCCAUCACCUCCAACGAAGAUGCAGCCGCUCACAUAGCAAAGUUCACAAGCAAACUCUCACCUGAGAAGCUUGAGUUCACAAACCUUGUCAACGGCAACUGCGGCAGUAUCUGCUUCACACCUAAGCAGUGGAACGAAAGUGAGAUGGGCAAGUCCCUCGCUGCUCAUCCCCUCAUCAAUGUCAAGGCUCAACCUCACGCUAUUCCUACACCGCCCGUUGCUUUCCCUCCUCUCGAUCCAGCUGAUAAGCGCCCGCUGGCUGGUAUCAAAGUCGUUGAGAUGACCCGUGUUAUCGCCGGCCCUCAAAUCGGCACGAUCCUUUCUAGCUUCGGCGCUGAUGUUAUUCGCGUUAAUCCCCCUCACUUGCCUGAUAUCAACAUCAUGCAGCUCACUCUUAACGCUGGAAAGCGCACCAUCGCUAUUGACCUGCGAAAGCCCGAGGAUGCGGCUAUCAUCAAAUCUCUUAUCGCCGAGGCAGAUGUGUUCAUCCAAGGCUUUCGCAUGAACAAGAUGCCUAAGUUUGGCCUUGGAUUGAACGACAUCCUCAAGAUGGCUGGCGAGCGAGGCCACGGUAUCGUUCAUGUUUCGGAGAACUGUUAUGGCCCUGAUGGCUAUUAUGCUGAGCGACCCGGUUGGCAACAGAUUGCUGAUGCAGCUGCGGGAUCAGCAUACGUCACUGGCCGUUCCCUUAACUUGCCCAACAACGAAGCUGUCCUGCCUUCGCUACCUGUUAGCGACAUGACCACUGGUGCUCUUGGCGCAGUAGGUACUCUUCUAGCCCUUCGCGAUCGCGCCAUCAACGGCGGAAGCUACGCCGUUCACGCAUCUCUCGUCGCAGUCAACGCGUUCGCUCUUCGCUCUGACGUCGGCCUCUACUCACCUGAAACUGUCGCUGAAUGCGCUAGGCGAUUCCAGUGGGCUGAGAUGAGAGGAUCGCAUCAUGUUCUUGAUCUUUUGAUGACGGUUUGGGAUGGCUGGAAGAGAGUCCUUGGUAAGGAGUUGUCAGAAGAUGGUGGAUGGUACCAAAGCUUUGAGACGAGCGCUUUUGACGGGAAGAAGUUGAGCAUACUUAGGCCUGUUGUGAGUUUGAGUGAUGAGGAGGUGACGCCGCGAUGGAAGACACCCAGUGUUCCUUAUGCUUAUGAGAAGGCUGAGGGCAUCAAAUUUCAGUAAAAGGACUGGUCAUAGAUUAUUGAAGAGAUGAAGUAUAGAAAUACCCAUAGAGAUAGAACAUAAAUUAUUUUAACAGGGAGUUUAUUCAAGCCCUGACUCAGUCGCUG